AUGGCUUCUGCGGCAAUAUUUUCGUUGCCGAGGAGAAGGAGAUCGCCGUCACUGGAGACCUUUUUGGCGCCGGUGGAUCUAUCAAGCGAGGCCCUUUUGGAUACUCUAUGUGCUGUUUCUAGGGAGUUGGUGUCAUCGUUUACGGUCAACAACAGAAUGGUGCCGUUUUUCCAGUGCAAGAAUUCCAAAUCCUUAAUCAGGAAAAUCCAGGUGUUUUCUGUCCUUCUGGAUUCUUUUUGUGAAGUGGGGUUAUCAAGAAUGCCUUCAAGGGUGUUUUUAUGCUUCAAGGAGUUGUAUCUUGUGCUUUACAGAUCGAAAAUUUUGCUUGAUUAUGUUAAAGGGUCGAGCAAGUUGUGGCUUCUGCUUCAAAACCAUUCGAUUUCGGGUCAUUUCCAUGAUCUAAAUCAGGAAAUCUUGACACUUUUGGAUGUUUUUCCUUUAAGUGAAAUUUAUAUAUCUCAAGAUGUUAAAGAACAGGUAGAAUUGUUAAGGAAACAAUCAAGAAAAUCGAAAUUGUUAAUUGAUAAGAACGAUGAUAUAUUGAGGAUGAAGUUUUAUAAUUUCUUGAAUGAACUUGAGAAUGGAAAGAUUCCUGAUCAGAAUGAACUGUAUUUGUUUUUUGUGGAAAAAUUGGCCAUUCGUGAUGUGAAAAGUAUUAGAUUUGAGAUUGAAUUCUUGGAGGAGCAGAUUGUGAAUUGUGAAGGGGAUAUUGAGCCCACGGCCUCAGUACUGAAUGGAUUUGUGGCUUUAACGCGAUACUGUAGGUUCUUACUAUUCAGAUUUGAGAAUGAGGAGGGUGAAUUGGGAAAGUGGAGGCAUAAGAAGACGAAGAAAGGACUGAUUACCCAGGAGAUUGCAAAUACGUUUAUUACGAUUCCCAGUGAUUUCUGCUGCCCAAUAUCAUGGGAUUUUAUGAGGGAUCCAGUGAUAGUAUCAACAGGGCAGACCUAUGAUCGGCUCUCAAUAUUAAGGUGGAUGGAGGAAGGGCACAGUACUUGUCCGAAGACGGGGCAGAUGCUUGUUCAUACUCAGUUAGUGCCAAAUCGAGCUCUGAGAAAUGUGAUCAUGCAGUGGUGUCUUGCUAAUGGGAUUCCAUAUGAUCUGCCAGAGAAUGUGGAUUCUUCUGAGAGUUACAAUGCUGCUUCGCCGAGCAAGGCAGCAAUACAAGCUACUAAAGCCACAGCAGAUCUUCUCGUUGAACAGCUAGCAAACGGGACAGCAAAGGCAAAGACUGUGGCUGCCAGAGAGAUAAGAUUGUUAUCAAAAUCAGGAAGAGAAAAUCGAGCUUGCAUUGCCGAGGCUGGUGCAAUACCCCUUCUGAAAAUGCUACUUUCAUCUUCGGGUGCCUUUGCACAAGAGAAUUCUGUGACUGCGAUGCUGAACUUAUCCAUUUAUGAUAAAAACAAAUCCCGAAUCAUGGACAUAGAAGGGUGUUUAGGAUCAAUAGUUGAAGUUUUGAGAUCAGGACACACGACUGAGGCCAGGGAAAAUGCUGCAGCUACAUUGUUCAGUCUCUCUGCUGUUCAUGACUACAAGAAACAAAUAGCAGAAGAAGAUGGGGCAGUCGAAGCAUUAGCAGGGCUGUUGAUAGAGGGUACACCAAGAGGAAAAAAGGAUGCAGUGACAGCUCUAUUUAAUCUAUCCACUCAUACUGAGAAUUGUGUGAGAAUGAUAGAGUCCGGAGCUAUGACAGCAUUAGUGGAGGCGCUGGGAUGUGAAGGUGUCUCUGAAGAAGCAGCUGGUGCGUUGGCCCUGAUUGUCCGGCAACCAGUUGGAGCAGAAGCAGUUGGAAAUGAGGAAAUGGCAGUGGCCAGGCUGAUUGGAAUGAUGCGAUGUGGCACUCCAAGGGGAAAAGAAAAUGCAGUGGCUGCGCUGCUUGAAUUAUGCAGAAGUGGUGGGUCAGUGGCAACGGAGAGGGUUCUAAAGGCACCUGCAUUGGCCGAUUUACUUCAGAGUUUGUUCUUUACAGGGACAAAACGAGCCAGGAGAAAAGCAGCGUCACUUGCUCGAGUUUUCCAGAGGUGUGAGUACGCACCAUUGCAUUUUGGUGGAAUGGGUAUAGGGUAUGCAUUUGCUGGAAACUCGACUUCAGUUAGGGAUUCGGGUUUUGCUGGCGAUGUCGCAGUAUCUAUUUCGGUGCCUGUGUUAUAG